AUGGCUUCGGGGCACAGUGCGCGUGUGGACCCUGGGCCAUCGGGGGGCGCUGCUCUGGCCAAACCUCUGUAUCUUCAGAGGCUCGAGAGGUCGCUCAAGCUAGAUGCUUUUCUGCGCCAGACGUCCACCGUCUUCAACGCCAACGUCAGCAGUGAGGACAGCGAGGACAGCGACUCUCUGGACUCUGGACCAAACUCUGUGCUGAAACAGGAGACUUGUGACCAGAGCGACGCCUCAGAGGGAAAACCACCGCGCAACGGACUCCUUCUGCACAAAGACCAAAAGGCCGACAAAGCGAGCCUCUACAACUUCUCCAAGCUGAAGAAAAACCGCAAGUGGCUAAAGACUUUACUCCUGAGCGAUGACACCACAGACUCAGACUCUGACGACUCCGACUUCAGUUUGUCUAAAGACGAGCUGCACGACAUGUUGAGGCUUCACCGCUUCAGCCGCUCGCAUCAGAGGAAGUUCCACUGCGACCGAGAGCUCCAUCAGUAUCAGUUCUACAGCACUGGGCUCCUCUCCACUCAUGACCCGUUCUACGAGCAACAGCGCCACCUACUGGGCCCAAGGAAGAAGAAAAUCAAAGAGGAGAAAAAGUUCAAGGCCAAGCUGAAGAAAGUGAAGAGGAGGAAGAAGCGCGGCGAGGGCGAGGGUCUGGACGACGAGCGCCCCUUUGUGACUAAGAUCUUUGCUAAGUUUUCCCAUGACGCACCUCUGCCUCCGGUGAAGAAGAAGCAUCUGACUGUGGAGCAGCUAAACGCGCGCAGACGCAAAGUGUGGCUCACUAUCGCCAAGAAGGAGGUGCCCAAGACUUUCAAGCAGAAAACAUCAGCCAAAAACCUGGUCUUCACUAAUGCUAAGAAGCUGGCUCAUCAAUGCAUGCGGGAGGUGCGACGCGCGGCCAUCCAGGCCCAGAAGAACUGUAAGGAGACCCUCCCCCGAGCUCGCCGCCUCACCAAGGAGAUGAUGCUCUACUGGAAGAAGUACGACAAAGUGGAGAAGGAGCACCGCAAGCGAGCAGAGAAGGAGGCUCUAGAGCAACGCAAGCUGGAUGAGGAGAUGAGAGAGGCAAAGCGGCAGCAGCGUAAACUGAACUUCCUGAUCACGCAAACAGAGCUGUACGCACACUUCAUGAACGGGAAAGGCCCUGGAGCUGAUGGACAAGACGAGAUCCUGCAACAACUUGAGGACAGCGGCCCCCGCAGGCACAUCGACAUUGGAGGAGGAGUGGUUGUCAACAUAGGCCAGGAGGACUACGACAGUGAAUACUACAAGUCGCAGGCCCUUCGGAACGCGACAGAGGCCUUCCACAUUCACCAGGAGAGGACACGUUUGUUUGACGAUGACGCGAAGGACAGCCGCGCAGCAGCUGGGGCAUCAGGGGUAUCUGCGGUUUCAGGGGCAUCUGCGGGCUCAGGGUUCGGAGAGAGCUACAGUCUGGCCAACCCUUCCAUCCAGGCUGGAGACGACAUCCCUCAGCCCUCCAUCUUCAACGGCAAACUGAAGGCCUAUCAGCUCAAGGGCAUGAACUGGCUCGCCAACCUCUACGAACAGGGCAUUAAUGGGAUCUUGGCCGACGAGAUGGGACUGGGAAAGACUGUCCAGAGUAUUGCACUUCUGGCACAUUUAGCUGAGCGAGACAACAUCUGGGGUCCUUUCCUGAUCAUCUCUCCGGCCUCCACACUCAACAACUGGCACCAAGAGUUCUCACGAUUCGUUCCUAAAUUCAAGGUGUUGCCUUAUUGGGGAAAUCCUCACGACCGGAAAGUGAUACGAAAGUUCUGGAGUCAAAAAACGUUGUACACGCAGAACGCCCCAUUCCAUGUGGUGAUCACCAGUUAUCAGCUCGUGGUGCAGGAUGUGAAGUACUUCCAGAGGGUGAAGUGGCAGUACAUGGUGUUAGAUGAGGCCCAGGCACUGAAGAGCAGCUCCAGUGUCCGGUGGAAAAUCCUUCUGCAAUUUCAGUGCCGGAACAGACUGCUGCUCACCGGGACUCCCAUCCAGAACACUAUGGCAGAGCUCUGGGCCCUGCUGCACUUCAUCAUGCCCACAUUGUUUGAUUCCCACGAAGAGUUUAACGAGUGGUUCUCCAAAGACAUCGAGAGCCACGCUGAGAACAAGUCCACCAUCGACGAGAAUCAACUUUCCCGUUUGCACAUGAUCCUGAAGCCGUUCAUGCUGCGGAGGAUUAAAAAGGAUGUGGAAAAUGAACUCUCAGACAAGAUUGAGAUCCUGACGUACUGCCAGCUGACCACACGGCAGAGACUGCUGUACAAAGCUCUGAGGAACAAGAUCUCUAUAGAGGACCUGCUGCAGUCAUCGAUGGGCACGGCCCAGCAGUCCCACAGCACCACCUCCUCCCUCAUGAACCUGGUCAUGCAGUUCCGGAAGGUGUGUAACCAUCCGGACCUGUUUGAGCGGCAGGACACACGCUCCCCCUUCCACAUGGCGCUCAGGCCUUUUGUCAUGUCCAAGUUCAUGUUCCGCUACGGCCUCCUGCACCAGCACACGCAACACACCGACAAAAUCCUCAGAGUGCUGCUGUCUCCGUUUGCUCCUCAUCACAUCCAGCAGUCGUUAUUUCACAGAAAAGGUGAAGAUGAAGGCAGCUGCUUCUCGUUCCUGCGCUUCAUCGAUGUUUCUCCAGCAGAAAUGUCCAACCUCAUGUUACAAGGCACUUUAGCCAGAUGGUUAGCUCUUUUCCUGUCUCUCAAGUCUGCGUACCGACUCCACGUCCAGCGUCAGUUUGAGGAGACAUCAACAGGGUCCAAAGGCCCCACGUGCUUGUCCCACAGAGACCUGCUUCUGUGGAUGAACCGGCCCACCGCGUUUACAACCUCCAGCCCCGUCCUCCAGGACCUGGUCUUCACCGGCUUAUCCCCGGGGCUCAUGGGGCGCUCAGACGUCCGGAUCCAUAGCCGCUCCACAUCCCGUUUCUCCCUAAGGCCUUGUGAGCCUGCUCUGCCGCCAAAGUUCCUCCUGGUCGCCACACCCAGGGUGACGGCUGUUCCCAUGGAAAGGUACUGUAAUGACCGCAGUGCAGAGUAUGAUUGGCGGGUGACACGCGGAGGGGGCGGGGCCAUCUACAGGGACUGCUUCCUGUACGGUUCUCCCGAACUGGCAUCUGAUUGGUCUGCGAGAGCCACGUCGUUCUACCCCCAGUCCCCAGGGGGCGUGAUGGGCAUGAGCCUACGACACGGCUGGUCCUACAUCCGCAUUCCAGACAAAGAGAGCCUGAUCACAGAGAGUGGGAAGCUGCACACUCUGGACGUCCUGCUGUGUCGGCUGAAGGCCCAGGGACACCGGGUCCUGAUCUACUCCCAGAUGACCCGCAUGAUCGAUCUGCUGGAGGAGUACAUGGUGUAUCGGAAACACACGUACAUGCGGCUGGAUGGAUCCUCAAAGAUCUCCGAGCGCAGGGACAUGGUGGCCGACUUCCAAAGCAGAACGGACAUUUUUGUUUUCUUGCUGAGCACCAGAGCUGGAGGACUGGGCAUAAACCUGACCGCUGCAGACACCGUGAUCUUCUACGACAGCGACUGGAACCCCACGGUGGACCAGCAGGCCAUGGACCGCGCGCACAGACUGGGCCAGACCAAACAGGUGACCGUGUAUCGGCUCAUCUGCCAGGGCAGCAUCGAGGAGCGCAUCCUGCAACGCGCCAAGGAGAAGAGCGAGAUCCAAAGAGUGGUCAUCUCCGGAGGGAACUUCAAACCCGACACGCUCAAGCCUAAAGAGGUGGUCAGCCUGCUGCUGGAUGACGACGAGCUGGAGAAAAAGUUGCGACAGAGGCAGGACGAAAAGCGAAUGCAGGAGGAAAGCAGCAAAGUGAAAGAACGCAAGAGGAAAAGAGAGAAAUACGCCGAAAAGAAGAAGUUGGAGGAGACUGAGACAAAGAGGAAGAAGGAGGUAAACCUGGUGAUCUCCCAUGCUCCGUCUGCGGAUAACUCCAACAUGUCCGGAGACGGGGACGACUCCUUUCUCAGCGUGGACAUGGACUCCGCUCUGCCCAGCCCCUUCAGCGAGAUCUCUCUGAGCAGUGAGCUGCAGCCUGGAUCUCUGCCUCCAGACGCCGAUCAGGACGAGAGCAGCAGCGACAUGUUGGUGAUUGUGGACGAGCCACUGCCCACGCGAGCCACCAACUCCCCCUCGUCCGUGUGCGGCUCGGCCUCCGACUACAACGGUGUGUCCGGCUCAGACUUCAGUCCCAGGGGAAGGUCAAAAGGCGGUCGUGGGCGUCUCAAAGGCACAGGGGGCGGGGCAAAAACUCGCGGCAGGAAGUCGACGGCGGGGAGUGCAGCGGCGAUGGCCGGAGCAAAGGCCGGAGCCGCGGCUGCAUCUGCCGCUGCGUACGCGGCCUACGGGUUCAACGUGUCUAAAGGUGGCGCUGUUCCUGCUUCCAGCCCUCUGCAGCCAGCUCUGGGCCGCUCUGGUGCCUCUCCCGCCUUCAAUUCCUCUCCUCAGGCCAAAGGGAGCAGCAACUCUACGCCGAGCCCCCACAAGAAUCAGCUGCCCCCCCACUACCCACCGCCGCAGCAGCGUAAGACCAACAAAGCCCCCGCCGCCCCCAGCUCUCGAUGA